GUGAGACUGUUUGGUGGUAAACUCCUAAUCCAGGGUGGAUUUGUUUUGUUUUUCGCUCUCUUUUUGGGCAGUGUCUAUCUCUAACGCCUCCACCUUUUCUCCUUAAAUUUGUGUAACAAGUUAACACCUGCUUAAACCCAUCAGUUAUGAUUAAAUUCACUGCAAUAAAAACCACUUCUUGGAUGUCUGAGGGAGCAACACGGCAUCCAGAAACAGGCUCGGUGGCAUUCCCCCCUCACGCUUGCAGCAAAACUCAUCUGUCGCAGACACUCAACGCAGAACCACCUGCUACGCCCUAAGAGCGUUUUUUUUUGUUUGUUUUUUUUUGUAAUCAUGGAAAAUUUUUGCUUUGUUUGUUUCCCGGAUUUCAAAUGACUAUCAUCGUUGCUGCUCUCCUGCCAAUCCAUCUUACUGACAGGGUGUGGGAGUGCAAUGACAAUGUCCAUGGACUCGCUGCAGGACUCCAGUCACACAAUGUGGGGCCUGAAUGCUCGCUUGAAGAGCUUCUUGGAGCAGGUGAACCGGCUGCAGGAAGCAAACCAGCGGCUGGAGGCUCAGAUAGCCAGCUGGGGGGUCAGGAACACCUCGCGUUCCCAGGACUGGUCCAAACAGGAACAGACUGUCAAGGAGCUCCGUGCCCAGGUCGGUAAACUACUGAUGGAGAAUGCUCAACUGGCUUUAGAGUCUGACAGCAUGAAGUCCAGAGCAGCUGCCAUCCAGGCCAGGUGUGAAACAGAAGAGAGGAACACCAGGCGUCUGGAGGAAGAGGUGGCUCUGCUCAGGGAGACCAAGAGGACGGCAGAACACAGCAGCACGGUGCUGCAUGCAGAGGUUCACCGCUCCAUGACAGAGCUGCAGGAGAUGCACCGGGAAUUUGAGGCAGCCCGGGCUCUGCAGCUGCAGCGGGCCAGCUCCUGUGAUGCUCUGUUAGCGACGGCCACGGCAGCAGCAGCAGCAGUAGGAGGAGGAGGGGAGGAGGAGGAUGGCACAGGGAUGGAGCUCACCCAGCUCCUCGACCGAAUCAGAGCGCAGUGCGAACAGAGCAGAAUCCCCAGCUCGGGGGAGAGACACCUUGGCCUGGGCGCCAUCUCAAAUCCAGCCCCCGGCUUGGUCGGGCCUCCUCGUGCUGGAGCUGGAGCAGCAGCAGCAUCCAGAACACACAGAGGAGCCCUUAGUGAGGAGGAGGCAGCGUGGGCGCAGGUGAGCCUCGGCGGCACCGCCCUGAGGGAGGCACGGGCCGAGCUAGCCGAGGCCAGGAAGCAGUGGCACUCGCUGCAAGUGGAGAUUGAGACCUUACAUGCUUUGGAGAAAGGCCUGGAGACCUCCCUCCAGCACACCCAGCGGCUGUACUCCAGCCAGCUGCAGGAUCUUUCCCAGGUGAUCGCUGGGCUGGAGAGCGAGCUCGAGCAGGUGAGGAGCGGGUUGGCCACCCAGCGCCAGCGCCACAGCCAGCUUCUCAACACCAAGAUGAGGCUGGAGAGAGAGAUUACUACUUACCGCCGUCUGCUGGAGCGCGAAGAGGGAAGAUACAUGGGUCGCACUGCACAGCCGACAGUUCUGCGGCCAUGGAGGUCUUCAGUCGUGGAGCCAAAGGAGAAUGGACUUGAAAAUGGCUUCAGUGACCCCGCCGUUACUCCAGACGAACCCAAGUCAGAGCCCCUCCCUGACAUACCUUCACUCCUCCCAACAGAAAACGGGCUAAAGAAAAGCAUACUGUACAGACAGCGAAGCCUGGUGAUACUCACAGAGCCGGAACUAGAUAAGGACUUGCCAAUCUCCACUGUGAAGACUCAGGAGAUUCUUCAAGGCAAUGUGAUGCAAGAGAGCGCAGAGGGUCACGGCACCAUUGAGACAGAGAAGAUUGACAAGGUGAUAAAGCAGUGGGAGGGCUCCUUCUUCAGGGGGAAUCCCAAGCUGAGGAAGAAGUCUGUGUCGCUGCGCUUCGACCUGCACAUGGCCGCGGCGGACGAGGGGUGCGCCCAAACCAAACAGGACAGCCUCCCCGACGUGGAGGUGCGUCUCAUCAUGAAGAGAUCCCGCAGCAUCCCGACCAUCACGCAGUAACUCGCUCACCGUUGGGUCCGAGCUGACGCCGGUUUGCGGUAACAAAAAUAACAUUUGUGCCGCGACGGCGGGCACGUUACCACCCGUCACCAUCGUGCUUAAUCUGAAUUUUAGCUGAUGAGUUCUCAUCAGAUCUUUGGCAUCUCUGACUGGAUGAUCAUUAACCAUCAGGCUUUUGUGGUGACCAUUUUUAUAGUGUCAGAAAGACUUACAGUCAUUACUUCACAGAGAAUAAGUAUUUAAUAUGUAAAACAUAUUUCUGCAUCAUCAUUUUAGAUGAAGAAAAGCUGUCUUUGAACACUUUGUUUCAGUUAGGUUUCACUGGAUUAAAGACAUCAUAAUAAUGACUCUGCUUAACUAUAGCAUUUAACCCUGAUUAGCACCUGGUACAGGAAGCUGAGAGCACAGGUAGACUUGGAUGAAUGGAGACACAGCACUAAGAGCUGCUGUGAACUACCUAAGAGUGGAUUGUCAUCUUUUGGUAGAUUUUCUGUGAGGGGCUGUAUGAAAAUUACAAAGUUGUGUUUUUUCUUUGUUUUUUUUGUAGAAAUUACAUAUAAAAUUUGUCAAUGUCGCAUAAUAGUUCUACUCCAGUCUGCAUCUCAGUAAAGAGCAGAGCAAAAUAUGUUUUGUAUUGUAUUUUUUGAAAAAUACAAUUUUUCAAAAAACGUACACACUGACCAAAGAAGCUGCCUGAUAUUAUUCUGACUAAAAUAAAAAUGCAAGUAAAGUGUAAUUUAAAUAGCACCUUUAUAAACAGAGUUUACAAAGUGCAAAAGAAAAAAUCUGAGAAGGGAAACUUCUACUGAAAGCCACAUGAUGGAUGAAAGAGUCACUGUGAUGGCUUUCAAAUGUUUCCCCUACAUUAGGUAGCAAUUAGUUUAACCUUAGCCUGGAAGAAAACUGUGGCCUAAUCAGAUUUUUAGGAGGGCCAUCUGAGAGCUAAAACCUACGUCUAUUAACCAACGUUAACACUGGAUGGUUAUCAUCAGGUCCCAUCAGGUAACCUGAAAACAACAGGAGUUGACCCAAAGUUGUGAAGACCAAAAUGAACAGCCCAGUUCUUUAUGAGCAGUCCCAAAGUGCUUUUCAGAUAUUCUGUAUAUAAAAAUGGAGGCGUUAGUGGCAGUACUGAGCAGGAAGUGCAGGUGAUCAGGUGAGAAAUCAAAAGGUAGCGAAUAAAACAGCGACAGGAAAAAUAUAAAAAGAAUAAAAAACACAAAUCAAAAUUAAUAACGAAUACUAGUGAUGACUUUAAAAAGUUUAAAAAAUAAUAAGAGAUCAUCAAAUAGAACUGAUUUAACAAUUGUUGGACAUAUCAGACAAGUCCAGACCUUUGGGUUUCAGGUGAGAGGAGUUUUUAGUGAGGAUGACCUCUGAGGUGAAAGAGAAAGAGAACAGAUAGAAACAGAAUGUUUGGGAUCCCAGCACGGAGACUGGGUGGUUAAAAAAGCUUGUUUGCAAAUAGACAGAUGUGCCAUGAUUCAGGAGGUCUUCUCAUCCAUCCAGUUUUCUAACCACUGGAGCCAGCAGCUGGAGCCAGCAGCUGGAGCCAGCAGCUGGAGCCAGUCCACACUGUCAUAGGGUGAAAGGCGGUCCUGCACAGAUCACCAGUGUUUCACCUCCUACCCCUGACUGACAUUGCACCAUGUGGCACCUUUACGCUUGAGAAGCUGCUACUGACUGAAUGUGAGGGUUUGCUUUAAAACAAAUUUCAAACAAAUUUGUAAAAUUAAUUAAAAAAUGUAAAAAAAAAAAAAAAAAAAGGUUGAUGGAAAAACUAAUAGUUCUAUAUAAAUUUUUUUAAAUUACAUCCUUUAUUUAUCCCAAUAAAAGACAGUAAAAUCUCUUUUUCAAAACAGCAGCAGAUACUUUAACAAUUUUAAACAUUUUAAACCGCCACGCAGUUCAAACAAGUUCACACAACUACAGGUCAAAUUUCAGUGCAACUUACUUCAAUUUCCACAUUAUAACCAUCUCUGACGAUUUCAGGUACGUAUAUGUAGAUGAGUGUCUUAAACUUUGCUUUUAAAGUAAAGCCUUGCUCCGUGUCCGCUAAUUUUCAUACAGUCCCUUCCUGCUUUGCACUGCAGACACUCACAGCACUGAAAGAAAUCCAGAGUUUGUUUUACUCUGAGGGUCUUUUGUCAUUGCGGUUAAUCCUCUGUGUGGGGAUUUAAAAAAAUAUAUAUAUAUACAUAUAUAUACAUAUAUAUAUAUAUAUAUAUAUAUAUAUAUAUAUAUAUAUUGCUACUGAAGCUGAUGACAUGGCGUUCUUGUAUGAUACUCACUGUGACCUAAACAGCAGUGAGAAUUUAGAUUCCCCGUCUUAACCAGAGGAGGGCAGUGUUUGUAAAUAGUUACCACUGCGGUGUGUUCUCACUGCUCCACUCUGUCGUGUAACACAUGCCCUGUUGCACCUUAGAAGUUUUUAUGCUAUCUUUUGAGUUGGCACCAAAGAUAAAUAUAUAUAUAUAUAUAUACAUAUAUAUAAAAGAAGCGGACUGCUGAGCUUUGCAUUUGGGUCCCUUAAAAUAUGUUGAGAAUAUUAAAAAAAAAAAAAUUA